GAUGGCGACCUGCGACUGGACCUGAGUUGCUGGAUAAUUUAGGCGGUGGCAGGUGGCAGGAUUUAGAGCUCCCUGUUUAUCGGCGGCAGGGGUCCUGAAGCUGAGCUACCUGAAGCAAAACAUUGGCUUCGCUCGACAGGCAUCACGUCAAGUUGGGUUCAAAGAUCAGACAGGACAGGACACGACAGGACAAACGGGGGACAGCUGGUUUCGCAUCUGCUGAACAUCAUCCGUUUCCACUUUCAUUUCCAAUCUCAACUACCACUACAAGCACAAUCCCCCCUGCACCACCAUCAUGGCGCCAUCGACACAAUUCGAGUUGGCGCAAUCGCCAAACGAUGCCAUCUCCUCCCUCGUCUUCGCCCCCUCCUCGCCAACCCGCCUACUAGUCUCGUCAUGGGACAAGAACGUUUACCUGUACGACACGCAUAGCGACAGCGAAGCCGGGCAUGGCACACUCUUACAGACUUUCGAGCACCGCGCCCCCGUCAUGGACGUCUGCUUUGGCGCCGACGACGACGAGGCCUUCAGCGCAGGUAUGGACUGGACCGUGAGGCGCAUCGAUCUCAACAGCGGAGAUCUGACCCUCGUCAGCAAACACUCCCAGCCCGUGAGAAGGGUCGUCUAUAGCCGCGGACAUUCCCUCCUGGUUACCGCCUCCUGGGACAACACUCUGCACGUCCUGAACCCAUCCGACACAUCACUUACGCCACUAACCAUCGCCCUGCCCGGCAAGCCGCACGCCCUCGCUGCCUCACCCUCGAAACUGAUAGUCGCCAUGACGUCACGCCUCGUGCACAUCUACGACCUGGACGCCCUCACAUCCUCGCUAAAGUCGGGCGCCGCGCCCCAGCCGUGGCAACAGCGCGAGUCGUCCCUCAAGUUCCUGACCCGAGCCGUCGCCGCCAUGCCCUCCGACGCCGGGUACGCCACCUCCUCGAUCGAGGGCCGCGUGGCCGUGGAGUGGUUCGACGCCUCGGAAGCCUCCCAGGCCCGCAAGUACGCCUUCAAGUGCCACAGGCAGACCAGCCCCGAGGACGGCGCCGAUGUCGUCUUCCCCGUGAACGCCCUGGCCUUCCACCCCUCGUUUGGCACAUUCGCUUCCGGCGGCGGUGAUGCGACGGUCGCGCUGUGGGAUGCCGAGGCCAAGAGGCGGAUGAAGAUCUACCAAAAGUUCCCCGACAGCGUGGCCGCCUUGGCCUUCUCCAGCGACGGCAAGUAUCUCGCCGUCGGCGUGUGCCCUGGCUUUGAGACUGGUAUGGAGGAUUACAACGGGGAGGGUCGGACCAAGAUCAUGAUUAGGGAACUGGGCGACACCGAGGCAAAGCCCAAGGGCGCCAAAUAGAGGGAGAAGUUGGAAUUUUUGAGACUGGUACUGCGAUUAUAGUGGCUGUGAAUGACCUUGGAGGAGUCAGAGAGAGGGAGACAGAGAGAGAGAGAGAGAGAGAGAGAGAGAGAGAAAGCGCAGCAUGACUCAUGGGUUUUAUAUCUCGGCGCAUCGGCGUUUGCUGGCAGGAUAAAAUAUACCAGGACUCGUGACAUUUCUCGAAUACUUCCCCAAUAUUGGAAAAUGGCGACCAGACAAUCAAACUUAUGGGCUGAUUCUGCUGCCGUUGACCAGAGGCUUUGAACCAUGAGGUGUGUGUAGAGACCCCACAGCUACAAUGCUUACUAUCAUCUAGAC